AUGUGGACUACCUGGGCAGAAAACGGCCCAAAAGGGUGCCGUUAUAAUGCAAGUAGCUCUGGGUGGUUUGAUGCUAAUAUAUUCACAGAUUGGCUUGAAUGCCAGAUGAUACCUAGACUUAAAAAGAUCGAAGGAAAAAAAGUUCUACUGUGUGACAACUUAUCCUCUCACAUAACAAUACAUUCUCUCGAUCUGUGUCGCAAAAACGAAAUACACUUAAUUUGUCUUCCACCCAACAGUACCCAUCUGACACAGCCACUUGACGUGGCAUUUUUUCGACCCUUAAAAAUUGCAUGGCGUCAAGUUUUAUCAGAUUGGAAAAACAGUGAAGAAGGUGUUCGAAAUACAAAUAUCCAGAAACAAUUCUUUCCUCCAUUGUUAUUAAAGCUGAUGGAAAUUAUUACGCCAUAUGCUGAGGCUAACUUAAAAGCUGGCUUCCGAAAGUGCGGUAUAUUUCCCUUGAAUAUCGAAGAAGUCCUAAGCCGUAUCCCUAGGAGUACUUGCAAUCCGGAUGUAGUUCAAUCAGCGUUUCUAGAAUCUCUUGAAGCGAAACGGACAGCGAUAACCAACACUACAACCAAGCGUAGAAAAAAGAUAAACGUUCCUGCUGGAAAAAGCGUUAGCGCCGAUGAAUCCAUAAUUACUGAAGAGACCUCGUUAGACGAGCUUACUGCUUCUUUUUCCAGACAGGAUGAAGAUGUAGUAUUUGAUGACAACUCUUCGGACGAUGUCAACUUUGAAGAGUUGGACAAAGAUCAACAGAUAGAAAAGGAAUUUAUGAGUUUUAUAGAAGGUCAAAAAAAUGAAUUUCAUUUUGCGAACGUGAUCCGAGAAGUGGGUCGUUUCGUAGUAUUCUCCUAUAUGGGACAAUUAUUCCCAGGGGAAAUUGUAGCUUUUGAUGACGAAAAAGUUACUAUAAACGCGAUGGAAAAGUCCCUUAAGAUGUGGAAAUGGCCUUCAAGACGCGACGAACUAACGUACCCUUGGUCUGACGUUCUAGGCGGCAUUGCUACACCCAAGAAAAUUUCCAAAAGAGGAACCUUCUCUGUUCCUGAGUUAACACCACUUUUUGAUCUAUGUUAA